CUCUGUCUCUCUCUCUAUCAGUCAGUGCUGCAUCCUUCCUUCACAUCGCAUCAUGCCAUAUCUUCUCUGCACGGAUCUUUGGAAAUACACACACUGGCCUCAUUCAAGGAAGAGAUCAACGAUUUAGAAUAAAUUACAAUUACUCCUGCACUAAUAAAUCAGCAGAUCUGAAGGGAGGAACUGAGGAGUGGAGGUAGGAAUAGGAGAGGGAUCCUGUGGUUCUGCCCCAAAUCCACAUGCACAGUGUUUAAGGUAGGCAGCAUGAAGCACUGAAGACCUGAAGGACACUUUGCAUUUCCUUCUGUUUCUUUACUUUGAUUUUCUUGAAUUUCUUUGAAAUUUUGACCCACUGAAUGCAUAAUUUAUGUGUACUGUAUAUUUUAUUCGACUUAAUGAAUGAUUUAUGAUUGAAAGAGAAUCGUAUGUUUUGUGAUCCAUCUACGGUUGUACCAUAAUUGCCAUUAAGGAUAAGUGAAGAGGUGGACCACUGAAGAAGAAGAAGGGGCUUUAAUGUAAUCCGUGUGACCUGAACACACUCUAUAUACUCAUAAAAAAGACAAGAACAGGUUAAAUAUUGAUGUCUGCACACGUUCAUGAAUUUCCACGAGAUCUUCGCUCUCUGGACAUUUUAGUAAGAAUCUGUUUCACUAAAACCGAACACUCCUCAAACCUCUAAUCUUCAUGUAGUUCUCGUCCACUCAUCGUUCAUUUUCACAGAGCAAUAAUCUGAACAGUAAGCACUUCACUGGAAUGUAUCAGCUAAGUGAAACCAAAGACGUGUAAAAAAGUUGAACAAUCCACGCUUCUAAUCUUCCAUUCUCAUUCAGACACUGUGCAACAUCUCCAUCAUCUUCAUCAUCUCCAUCAUCUUCAUCUUCUUCUCAGGUCAGUCGGAUUUUCCUUUAUCACGCUCGUCUUCCACGCUAUGCACUCAUUGCAGACUUUUCUUUUCUUUUAAACAUCACAAACCUCAAAAAAAAAUCAGGUCUUCCAUCACAAACAAGGAAGUUUAGAUCGCUAAGUUAUAAUCGAGCAACACAACACUAACAAAACAAUCGAUCUCAUCAUCACAAGAACAAACAAAACAAAGCAAGAUUCCAAAUUCAGAAGCAGAGUGACGAGCAUCGCUGGAGUGUGUGGACGCUCCUGGACACAGCUUCAGUGAAGUGAAGAAAGGAGAAAAGUCCAGGACCACGUGGAGAAAGUAAACACUGUUUUAUUAAACACUGAAGUGACUCCUUCUGAAAUCCACUGCUGCGUCGUGGGAACACACACAGAGACCCUCUGAUCUACAACAGUGUGUGUGUGUGUGUGUGUGAGUGUGUGUUUGUGUGUAUAUAUAUGUGUAUGUCCCUCUCCUGGGUGAAGAUGACUGCAGUCCGGGUGAUGUGGCUCCCGCUGCUGCUGCUGCUGUGUAUCAUACAGGCUCGACUCAGCAGCUCGGCGUGUGUGGAGGUCGACUCGGACACCGAGGCCGUGGCAGGACAAGACUUCCGGCUGGGCUGCAUUUCCUGUAAGAUGCGAGGCGAGGUGGAAGCCACGGCAACCGUGGACUGGUGGUUUAUGCCGAAAGAAGAGAGUGACUUCACCCACAUCUACAGUUACAGCAAUGAGAUGGGCUCGGUGACAGACGAGCGCUUCCUGGGCCGUGUCGAGUGGGCGGGCAGUAAGAAGACGCUCGACCUGCAGGACGGAUCUUUAAAAAUCCUCAACGUCACCUUCAACGACACGGGGACGUACCGCUGCUACUUCGACCGCACGCUCACCUUCACAUACUACGAGUUUCACACCAAUGCCACCAAAUUCAUUACCAUCAACGUUGUGGCCAAAGAGACCCGUGGCAUGGCCUCCAUCCUGUCAGAGGUGAUGAUGUAUGUGUCGAUCAUCGGUCUGCAGCUGUGGUUACUGGUGGAGAUGGUUUACUGUUACAGGAAAAUUGCUGCAGCUGGAGAAGAAGCGCUGAGAGAGAGCGCGGCCGAGUAUUUAGCCAUCACUUCUGAGAGUAAAGAUAACUGCACCGGCGUGGCUGUGGCCGAGUAACACACACUCACACACACCUGCAGUGGUUUGUGAGACGCAGUGACACGAGGAUUCAUCUCUGUGACCUGCGGCUGAUUUUCAGGGCCAUAAAUUCUCUGAUGCAUUACUACGGCAACGACCUUCACCUGGAUAAUCUUCACCUUUUUACCUUCACCUGGUCCUCUUCCUCCCCAUCUGUACCAGACGAGCUGGAGGAUGUGUGUGUUUACGCACAAUUACAUGGGCAGUGUUUCAUUCCACUGAAGAACCCUGAGUAGUGCACUGAGGUACAGAGAUGUACAGACUGAAGCCCAGCGGGACUCGGACACAUAAACAAAUAAAUAAAAAAAAUAUCUGAUAUAAAACUCAGCAUGAAUAAAUGUAGAAGUGACAGUAGAAUUGUACUAACACGAGCUGUACGUAUUUAUCAACUCUUUGUUUUCCUUCCACACAGAAUUUAUAUGCAAGCGUACAAAUGUGUUAAUGAUCGUUACUUCGGCGUAUAAACGAAACACUUUCCACUGAGACUUUAUAAACACGACUGAGCGCUAUCAAUGCCAUGCUAAUGUAGCUACCCUCAUGCUAUACGAUAAAA